AUAGAGACGACAUGUGUGUUUUCUUUCUGAAAGUAAGGCCAGGCCGCCCAUGUCGUCAUUGCGGGCACUAGUGUCAGAGUUGUGGUCACAUUUGCUACUAUUCUUGAGGUGGCCGCGGCUGUCGCGCUCCCUGCCCGCACAACUCAUGGUCUGCGCGACCGGAGCAACGCUUGCGGGGGCGUUGCUCCUUGUUUGCGGGAGUGAAAUGGUGCAGGAAGUGAAGGCCAACGAGGAGCACGCGCUCGAGUUCCACCAAGUUAGUAGAAGUGCGCGAGGGCAUACACUAGCAGCCGAAGAUGGCAACCUGGUCGGUGUACAACAACAUCCUGGAGGCGAACAGUCGCAGCUGCUUUCCGACCGCGCUCCUGCGCCCAAAAGUGGUGGGGAGGUGCAGGACGAGCUACAGACUGGGGUCGUGGUGCCAGCAUUUUUCCAGUACGAGACACGUGGGCCUCCGCUACUCGAGGACGGCGCGCAGUUUGAUACAGUGGAAGAGUUUCUGCAGAGCAGUGCUGAGACACGGGACGCACCUGAAGAAUUACCGGCUACGCGGGUCGGGAACGAGAAGCAGCAGGAACGCGAACAGACGAGAACUCCCCCUACCCCGUCCCCCACCGACGAAAGCGACGUCGAUCGAAGGUCUGGGUAGAAACUCUGCGGACCACGAGCAGCGGGAGUGGCUUCAGAUUGGAGCGUACCCUACAUCGGAGAAGAGAAGCAUGGCAGUGGGGGCCACUGCCACGGGAGCGCAGAAGGAGGAGCUACGCUUCCCAACGGAGCAGCAAUUUCGCCAGAUGCAGCAGAAGAUGGCAAUACUCGAGACGGAGAUGCAGCAGAAGAUUUCGACGCUCGAGACGGAGACGCAGAAGAAGAUUGCAAUGCUCGAGGCGAACGCCACUGCCUGCGCCAACAGCGUGACAGAUGUGCGCCACGCCGGGGGAACCGUGGAGGAGCUGACUGGAUUGCUGAUGGUGCACACGUUCGGAAUAUGGCGGAUGGAUUACGUUGCCGCUGUGGUGUGCCUCCUUUCCGGGUUCGCGGCUGCGCUCAUUGUCGUAGCGCUGCCCAUUCGCUUGGUUUUUUUCCCAAGGGAGUACUGCCCAGAGGAAGAAUCAGCGGGUGGCGAAGAUGUCACUGCGGGGCCGCAGCAGGAAGCGACCGCCCUUGCAGGUGGUGAGCAAGCAGACCCUCUUUCGGCCGACCGCCUAAAUCCACCAUCGGCGAAGCGGGAAAAAUACUGGUUGCUUCCAUGGGAUUUCGCCGAGCAAGGGACUUUGUCAAGUGUGUGCCAGCGAGGGGAUAGCACGGAGGGCAAGAUCUUUAUUGCGGGAUUGGUUAUAGCCGAAAUUUGCGCACUGCUCUCGCGCUACACGCUGAUCGUGUACGAUCACAAUUGUAGCGGCUACGACACCGUUUUGGAAACGAAACUGGAUGUCAUAUCCACCGAGCACAUGAUCGAUCUGGCGCUUCGUGUCGUUUGGCUGAUAGUUCCGUCCGUCCUUAUGAUCAUCACGGCUGCCGUGCCGAGCAACAGUUUUAGGGCGAACGCUCCGAAUGCAGCCCCGACGACGACGGCAGGAGAUUCAGCAGGUUCGGGAAGGAGCACAGUCCGAACUCGUGUGUCGGCGAUACACGAGGAAGAUACCCGGAUAUGGUCGCAGGCGCUUCAUACCACCGUAUUGGCCGCGGUCGGGCUGCGAUUGAUUUUCGAAACGCGGCAGGUGGUCCGCGAGCGGGUCGACAUCUCCGGUGCACUGUUUGGGGUGUCGGAUCCGUUGGACGAGCAGGCGCUACACGAGUGGCGCACACACGGCGAUUAGCGAGUGUCGAUGCGAUGCGCAAGGCCGGAGACCCGAACUGCCUGGGCGCAGGCGUAUCGGGGCUGUUACUUGGGUCGGGUGGUGUCGCUCUUUCUCGGUUGGGGUUUUUCGCUACUAUUCGCUGUCCUGGUCGCUUGCGUCCAGUUUCGACAUGCGGAGGUCCGUCCAGCUGAGCACCGCCCGCACGCUGCGGCCUAUCUCGAGGGCGGUCGCUUGGUUCCGCAGUCGGCGAGCCUGAUGCUUCCGCGGCUUUCGUUUGCGACCGAAAUUCUUGCCAUGCUCACUGUGCAAGCGCUACCCUUCUGGCCCGUUAUUCUGAAGCUAGUGCGGUAUGUGGAAGGUGUUCCUUGGGUCACGCCACUGACACCUUUCGGGCUUUUGAUCCAAAAGUCGUUCGGAAUGACGUGGGAAGGCUAUCCAGAGUGCGGCCACUACUUUGAUACGGACAAAUAUUGUGAACACCAACACGACCACCUCCCGCACUUAGCACAGAGAAGCUCUAUGUGGUGGGAUUUCCAAGAGAAAUAAAAGACACCAUAAGGGCUUGAAAUGAAAGAAAGUUUUGAAGAUCUUCUGUGAUGAUGACUGGUCUUGAGUGGAGAUUGAUAUUAGAAAUAGGGAAUAAGUUUGUCGUUGUUCAACAAGUUGAUCCUAGGC